CUAAAAUAUUUAAUUUGUUCUGAAUAUUGCCCAGCCAAUUAAUAGAUCUAGAUCUAGACUAGAUCUAGAGAAUGUUUUAUUUUUAGACUGGCCGUCUGGUAUUACUUUAUGGACGUCGACAUUAUUUUGAAGAAUGGGUACUUCAGAAGCCGUAAUUAACAUUAUUGGUAGCUGCUUUCCUACAAGACCAAGGUCCAAGAGGUAACCUGAAUUUUAAAAUUGCCUGGAUGACAAUUACUGACAAGCUGAAGCUGCGCUAAAAACACCUUUUUGUCCUUCUGAAUAUGCAAGUUCUUUUAUCCUGUAAAGAUGGAUAGAAAUUGGAGUCAGCGACGUGUGCCAUAUAAGGCGUGUCUGAUCUCUUUGAUCAUUGGCGUCUGUCCAUUUUUGAUUGGAUUUGUUGCUCCUGACUGGUUGUGGUUUAGUCGGAGAGAGAACCAAACAGAUGUUGAUGGCUCUUUUGGGUUAUGGGAAAUUUGCAAGGAUUAUAAAUGUUCGAGCAAUGAUGUACUUGGGAAUGACAUUGUAGAAGAUUGGUUUUUAGCUGUUGUUGUAUUUCAAACCCUGGCACUACCAUUCUACAUUAUAUCUUUGGCAAUGGCUAUCCUGCAAAACUUUACUCCUAGAAGAUGGAUACGUACACUUCAUAUUCCCACACUCCGCCAUUUACUACAUAAAGACAGUGAGACUCCAGAAGAUCUUGCUUUUAUUGCAGGUUUUCUGAGUUUUUUAGCUAUCAUCAUCUUCAUGGUGAUGACUGCUGAUUUAGUGGCGAAAGGUGCAUACUACUCAUGGGGUUUCGCCAUGUCAUUUACUGGCGCCAGCAUCCCAGUCAUUGCUGGAGUGCUGAUGUGUAAGGCUCAUACACCAACCAUCAUCCCUCCUAUUCACCCACCUGAACCCCGUGUGAUACACACAUUGUCUCACUCAUCUAGCCGCAGGACUGAGAGGAGACCACAGAGACAGCAUGAAAGACAAUCCAGAAGAUAAAUAUUCUAUGUGUGAAAUGCUGCUGUUCACUUUUCCCCCCACAACUACUGUACUGCUUUCAAUCAAUUUGUAAAAUGAUUAGUCACAUUUAAAAAUCUGUAUGGUUGGAAAACAAAUCUUUACUUUUUGAAUUUUUUUUUGUAAUAUUUUGACAUGAAGAUGAAAAAGAAUCAAAAACUCUAUUCCUUUAGUGAUGAUAAAUAUCUAACAAAACUUAUUACAAAGUAAUUUGCCUUUAAUCAGAAUUCAUUUUUAAAUGUUGCUUAAAAAACUGGUGGUAUAAAUUCUAGCUGCAGAUUUGAGUAUCAUAACUAGUAUUUCAUGUAGGUAUGCUGUGUUAAAAAAGACAUUCGAUAAAUAAAUCAUACAUUUGUUAAUUUUAAUAUGAAUCAUAAUAAUACAAGUUUUAGAUGGCAUGUAGCCAUGCAAAAUUAGUCAAGUGGCAUAUAUAUAUAUAUAUAUAUAUAUAUAUAUAUAUAUAUAUAUAUAUAUAUAUAUGUGUGUGUGUGUGUGUGUGUGCUUCUUUGUGGAUACUUUGUUAUGAUUCUCAUAAUAAAUUACUAUCACUUGUUUACUGACAUGUUAGGAGUAGUCUGUGCCUUGUUAUGUUUUAUGUCAUAAUAAAUUACAACUGCUGCAAUUAUUAGCCUUUAUACUAAUACAUACCAACAACUCCUCUAAUAAUAGACUUUUGCCCAACCAACAACCUAUCUGUCAUCCUUGACAUAAGUGCCUCUUGUUAUUAAUGUAUUUUAUUAAACUUUUAUUUUUGUUGUACAAAGAAAGCUUACAUUAUUAAUUAACUGUUUUGAGAUGGAGGCCUAUCUAUAAAUAAUAACCUCAAAAGGCAUGUCCUUUUUCUGGAGAUAGAUCAGUGAGAUAAUAACUAAAGUAAAUUAAUUGGUUGUGUGUAAGAUUGUUUUUUUUUUUGUUUCAAAACUUAAAUGUUAAUAGAUUUUACAAGUAGUUUGUUGUUCUUAACAUUGUCAGUUUCAUUUAACUUGCAUUUACUAUAUAAUUCAUAAAUGGUUUAUAUAUUGAAACUGAAAUAUUGUAUUUAGUCACUUGUUGUGUCUAUAUAUUUAUUGAUAUAUAAUUUUUUAUUAGAUGGAGUUCUAUAUUAUGGAAUGUAUUCUGUAUUUUACAAUUGAUUUUAAUUUUGUAGAUUAUAACAGUCCAUCAAACAAACAACUUGAAAAAAUAAUUUCUUACACUUGUUAUGAAUUGAAAGCUUAAAAUUCUUCAAUUAUUUUAAUUUAAAAUACCUUUUUAUUUUUUUAAUUGAAUAUCCAUAUAUAAGUUUAAUAAAUGAUAAGCAGAAAAGUAGGCACUGAUAAUUUUCUUAUACAUUCAAAUCACAUAAUAUCUGGACAGAUUUAGGACAUGAAAAUACAGUUGUAUUUAAUACAGAUUCACUUUGCCAGUAGUUGCAAGACUUUUGAUAAAUCACUACUUCAUGUUGCUGUUCAGGGUCUCCGUAUGCAAUUUCCUUGAAAAUAAUUACAUAUAUUUUAAGUAUGUAAAUAUAGUAGUUUUUGACACUUGAACAUAUGAAACGGGAAAUGAGGUUUCUUUUAAUGUUUGCCCUUUCAACAUGUUGGCCAUGUCAGUCUUUAAGAACUUACAUAAAUUGUCUUUCUAUGUUUGAUUCAGAUCACAGUGUACUGCUGUUUGCAGUUUCUGGCCAGUUCAUGGUCAACAUGUACAUUGUAAAUAACUUACAUAGCAUCUGGGUCACAAAUAAAUUAAACAAUUCGGCUAUUAAUUCAGAAUAUGGUUGUUUUACUAACCAAACUUAUUAAAUUCAGUUUUUGGGUGUUCAGUAUUUGAUAGUAAAUUAAAAUUAAAUUAUACACUAUUAUUACAAUUUAAUUUUGAAACAUUUCUAUUUUUAAAAUCAAAGAGAAAUUUAUAUAUUUUUUUUCUGGAGUUGAGAAAAUAUUUAAUGUGAUAAAAAAUAUGAAAUCUAAAUUAUGGUUUAUAUAAUUACAAAAAAUUUGUGUACUUUUUAAAUUUAAGUAGUAGAUCAUCUUUAUUAAGAUUUUUAUAUAUAAAAUGAUCCUAAAACUUGUCAGUUAAUAACUUGUAUAGUAUUAAAAAGUCUUGUUAGUUUAGUAAUAUUCUUUUGGCAUUAUUUAGAAUAAGAAGUGGUAAAGCAUUCCAUAAAAGAUUGUAAUGUCUGUUAAUGUUUGAGUAAAUAACAAUGUAAGAAAACUGAAAAACAUAAAGCAGUGUUUUUAUAGCAAGUUUUAUUAAAUAUCUAUUGAACUAUGUGAUUUUUUGUAACUGAUAAUCUUAUACCUUUAUAUUAAAUAACAAUAUAUUUUUUAAAGUUGAUUUUUGAUUAAGUAAAUUGAUCUGAAGUGUAAAUAAUGUCAUUUUUCAAAAAUUGUAAUGAAAUGUCUUUUUUCCCCACAUCAAUGAAAUGUUAUUUAUCUAAUUUUGUUUUGAAAAAAAAAUUGUCUUCUAUUGAAAAAUAAAUUCAACUUUUGUUGCUAAAAACCAUUUCUGGUUAAGAAAACUUAAAUAAUCUGUAAUACCACUGUCAAACCUGAAACAUAAUUUCCAUGGUAGCUCUAUAUAUUCCCCCUGUACCACUGUUAUUUAAUAACUAGCCAGCAAAAACAUUUGCAAGUAAUACUAGCUUUUUCUAACACUUUGUGCUGUAACCCUGUAAGAAUGGGUGUGUUGUGGGCUAGCCAAAGUUUAUGUCAGGUUCUGCCUGUUAUUAGCACCAGUGUUCUUCUUUUCUCUCUCCUACAUGUUCCCAAUUGCCUCUUUUGUUUUCCAGGUGAAGUCUCAUUGCCAUGUUUAGGGCCUUUUUCUAGACAUUUGCAUGACAUAAUGAUUUAAGCAGCCAGGUCAUUUACUGUUACAUGUUACUGGCCCAGUGCUAGUCUAAUAAAACCUGCCUGUUUCUGUAAUUAGCAUAUGAAGGUGUAAACCCUUGCAUACCUCUGGUAAUAAUAUUACAAGUGUAAGCUACAGAGGUGUUAGCUGCUCUCUCCACUCUAGCACUUACAGUUUGAAGGCUUCCCAAGCAGCUUAACAAGUUGUGAGUCUAGAGGUUUCUUCUAUAGUUUAACUCAAAAAAAAUAUGUAUAGAAGUUUCUUGUAUUACUUAAUGUUUUCUCUAUCAUUUAACUUAAAAUGAAGUCCCAACAUUUCUUCUAUCAUUAAACUUUAGUAAGUUUAGAGG